ACAAUAAAAUAUUUAUACGGAAAAAGUUUAUUUAAGACAUGCCUAAUCUGGGUAUCCCAAUUUGCAGUCAUCCAACCGUGCUUUUCCAGCGGCUGCUGCCGGCUGAUUGCUGCUCGCCGCCUUCCAUCCUCUUCCGUGCUUCCUUCUCGGCUGUCACCACCCAUCGCUUCCACUUCAAACUCCAUGGCGGCGACGACGACAUUCCUGCUAACACCUCGCUCUCUCCCCUCCAAAUCCAACCUCCUCCUCUCCCUCCUCUCCUCCUUCCCCAUCCCCUUCUCCCCCCUCCGCCGCCCCUGCUCCGCCGCAGCACCACUCUCUCCUCUCCGUCCCUUCCUCCACCCCUUCUCCUCCACCUCCUCCUCCUCCUCUCCCCCACCUCGAUCCACCAUUACCAACACCUCCGCCUCCUUCGACUGGUCCGACGACGACGAGCCGUCGAAGCUGCCCCCUCCCUACGACCCCUUCAGCAAGAAACCCGCCGCCGGCGAUCCCCGCGACACCUCGGACCUCGCGGAAGUCUUCCACCGCAUGCGCGCCGACGGCCUCACCGACUACGCAGUCAAGAUGUUCGACGGAUUGUCCAGGGACGGCCUCACCCACGAAGCGCUCGAGCUCUUCGCCGUGAUCAAGGACAAGGGCGUCAUGCCCGACGUCGUCGCCCACACCGCCGUCGUCGAGGCCUACGCCGGCGCCGGCGCCGGCCAGUCGCUGCACGCGCUCCGCGCCUUCCUCCGCAUGCUCGCCUCCGGCGUCGCCCCCAACGCCUACACCUACGCCGUGCUGAUCAAGGGCCUCGCGAGGGACGGGAACCUCGCGGAGGCGCGGCGGUAUCUGGUCGAGAUGGCGGCGAAAGGAAUGCGGCCCAAUGUGGCCACCGUCGUGGCGGUGUUCGAGGCCCACAUUGCGGCGGAGAAGCUCGCCGAUGCGCGGGCGCUGUUGGAUGAAUUGAAGGGGAAGGGGUUCGUCCCCGAGGAGGCCGCCGUGCGGGAGCAGCUCACCAAGCGCGGCCACAUGUUCCGGAGCAUCAUGAGCUUGCUCUUCGACAAGUGAGAAAGAGAAGGUGAGGUUGUGCUAGUUUUUCUUCUUCUUCUUCUGUUUUUUUUUCGCUUUACAUAGAGAGUGAACUUAGUUAAGAUUACUACUAAGCAUGUGUUUAACUUGUCGCGGUCCUGUGUACAUUAUUGUGAUUCAGGGAUGAUGUGCUCUCAUGUUCUUAACUUACUUUUCAUUUGUGCUGAGUGCUAAGUAAUGUUGGUUGAAGGUGCUUUGGAUCUUAUUUAACUAUAUACCCUGGUAAUCUUUGGUUUUUCUUCUUGUAGCA